UAGGCUAACGCUGCUUGCUUUUGCAGCAUUUGGCGUUUUAAGCCGUUCCUUAUUUCGUAAGUUUUCAGAUUUGUGGUCUUAAAAGGAUGCUGUAUUAUCCAUUGCUGUGACGAGACAUCAUGACACUCUUUCACUUUGGAAACUGUUUUGCUUUGGCAUAUUUCCCCUAUUUCAUCACAUACAAGUGCAGUGGGCUUUCAGAGUAUAAUGCAUUCUGGAGGUGUGUCCAGGCUGGCGCAACCUACCUGUUUGUUCAGCUCUGUAAGAUGCUGUUUCUGGCCACAUUCUUCCCCACGUGGGAGGGAGGAGCUGGAGUUUAUGACUUUGUUGGGGAAUUUAUGAAGGCCACAGUGGACCUUGCAGACUUGUUGGGCCUUCAUCUUGUCAUGUCUCGCAAUGCUGGUAAAGGAGAGUACAAGAUCAUGGUUGCUGCCAUGGGCUGGGCAACAGCUGAACUUGUCAUGUCCAGGUGCCUUCCUCUUUGGGUAGGAGCCAGAGGGAUAGAGUUUGACUGGAAAUACAUCCAGAUGAGCUUCGACUCCAACAUAAGUUUGAUCCAUUAUAUCGCCAUGGCAGCAGUAGUGUGGAUGUUUACACGGUAUGAUCUACCGAAGAGCUUCAGACUACCAGUUACCGUGCUGCUGGGCCUUUGUGUUUACAAGGCCUUCUUAAUGGAAUUAUUUGUCCAUGUCUUCCUGCUGGGCAGUUGGACAGCAUUACUGGUGAAAGCUGUCCUGACUGGAGCCAUUUCUCUCUGCUCGCUGUUUCUCUUCGUCACUCUGGUCCACAGCAACUAAGUAAAAUGCCACUCCCUGACAUAAGCCUCAGAGCGACACCUGAUCCGACUGGAGUUGCUGCCACACCAGAAUUUUACCCUUGAUACAACAACAGUCCAAAUAUCACAUUACCACUGAGAGGAAUAUUGCAAAGUGGUUAUAAAUGUGAAUGUCUGAGAUACAUGGGUAGACUAAUGGUUCCAGCUGAUAUGUUAACCAGUUCUUAAACUAAAUUGUUCUUUCAUUCUGUUUUUUUAAAAAGUGGACAUUGACAUUUUUGCAACAAGUUAAUGCAAAAAUACACUCUGAUGUACUCUUCUGUAUGUCUUGAUACUCAUGAUAUCUGGACAGUGAAGCGUCGCUGAUAUGUUCAAAGGCAAAUGUGGCGAUGCUGAGCAAGCAACAAUGUGCUGUACAAACAUAGAGAUUUGUAUGUUAAGCACUCCGCCAUGGAAAAAAAUGUGGUCAAGGUAAAAAUUGGUUGUUGAUGUUGUGUUUGUCAGUUUAAUCUGCUGUAUCACCGAUUCAUUAAGAAGGCUUGUGUUAAUAGGAAUGGCUCACCCAGGUCGUGACGACAUAACGUAGGUUGCUCCUUUGUGAAAAGGAGAGUUUUGUAUCACACCCAAAAGGAGGCAGUGGUCACAGACUGUCUUUUUAAUAACUUAUUUGUUUUCCUGUCUGCUGUUUAAAUGGACAAACGUGUUAAGGAUUUGAUUCAGUUGUUUUGGAAAUUUGAUAAACAGCUGAAAGGGAUCCAUUGUUUGAAUGAAGGCAGAGGAGUGGAGAGGAGUCAUCUCAGCAUUAUGGCCACAUGGAAUGAGUUUUGAAUGUCUGUGACUCUAACGUGGGAUUAAUAAAUCUCUGUUUCAUUACUGCCAUAGACCUUAUUUUGACCAAACAGUUGUGUUGUUUUGUAGUUUUGUUAGGUGUUCUAUGAAAGG